CUGUCUCUCUCUCUCUCUCUCUCUCUCCGUUUCAAGCCGCUAAAUAACCGGUGUGAACCCGGAGCAGUAAAAUGGAGCGAAGUGCAUGCAUUCAAGUGCAUAUUUUCAAAAGAAGUGGCAAAAGAGACUCAUGGACUUUUGAUAAAAACAUGUUUUGGGAAUGUAAUAGAACCUUAAUUCUAUUUUUUUAUGACGUAAUAUAUUCAAACUCUUGGAAUUGGAUCUGUAAUUUAAUGAUUAGGGCAUGGUGAACUCUUUUGGGGUAUUAUAUAAGACAAUGUGAGGAAUUUAUUUAUGAAAAGCUAUGUUUAUUUAAGUUGAAAAUCGAGGGCGUGACAAGCUAACUAGAAAUGUAGAUUUGCUAUCUAAAAAUGAACACGAGUUCCUUCCAUUAGAGAAGAUAUGUAUGAAUAUGAACAGUCCGGUUCAUGUCAGGACCUUCCCUUUUCCGAUCAAAUUUCAAUGAUCUGAGCCGCUCAAUGUGAUCAGAACGUGGUUUUAAGGGUACGCACAAGAAAUUGGCAAAAAAAAUAACCGGAAAUGGCUUCAUCCCAAUAGUUUUUUAUUGAACGGUUCAAUAAAAAACUGCUCAACUUAAGCCCUUCCUGGCAUUUUUUUUGUCAAUUUCUCUCGGGUACCUAUAAAAUCACGUUCUAAACACAUUGAGUGGCUCGGAUCAUUGAAAUUCGAUUGAGAAAGGAGAGGUCCUGACCGUAAGAGGUCCUGACUAAAUCCUGAUUGUGAAUAUGAAUUCUAAAUCAUGAGCUAGUUUCAACGGGCGACAGGGACACUUGGAUAAAAGUUGGAUGCAGCUUACGAACACAAUGGACCCCGAAUAUCAAAAGGGUGUCCAAGAGUUCCUCCAAUUUGCUUUUGAUCGCUCAAAACCAGUGAUAAAGAUUCGGUGCCCAUGUAUGAAAUGCUAUAACUGCUACUUUAGAACUCGAGAAGAAGCCGAGGAUCAUUUGCUGAAACACGGGAUUGUCAAAAGUUAUGUCAAGUGGAGAAAUCACGGUGAAUAUGAGAAACAAGGACCAGACGAUGAUUUUGAUCCUGACGAUGAGGAUAGCGAUUUUGAACCAACAUUGGACGAAGAAGUUGAAGGUGACUUGAAAGUAAGGAUAAUUGACCUUGCCACAAUUAUCUUUGCAGAAUCUUCAACAAGCCAAGGUCCAAAUGCGGCUGGAGGGGAAGUAGAUACAUUUUCGAAACUACUGACAGAUGCACAGAAAAGACUCUACCCUGGUUUGAGAAUUCUAAUGUCUCUUUCCUCGUGCAGUUGCUUCACGUUAAGUUUGUCCAUCGAUUGACAAUCGAGACCACUGAAAUGUUCCUUAAACUGGCCAAGGAUAUGUGUCCGGAGGGUAAUACGAUUCCGGGGUCCUAUGAUGAGGCUAAAAUGAUGGUUCAGGAUUUUCAUUUGCAGGUGGUGAAGGAGAGACUGCGUAACACCGGGAACAUGCCUGCCUCUCCUUCGUGUGCCGUGGUUCAAGAUAGAGGACUUUCUACCCUGGGUAACGGGGACUAUGUGCAACAAGGAGAUCCCUUUUUUAAAGGAGGGGUGGCGGAAAACUCUCCUUCAAAGGCAGAAAAAGUGAGGAGGGAGAAGCGAACCUCAUCUGAGUUUAGUUCAGAAGUUGGUGACGGUCGAUCUUCACGUCUCAGAGGGCCUCCCAAGACCCUCUUAGAUGUUGACUCCAAAGGUCCAUGGAAUACUCAACCUUCGAGAAGUGAGCAUAAGAAGAAGCUGCAUGAGAAAAUUGAUAUCCUCAGGCUUGCUAGAAAUAGAAGGUGACGUGUUCUUUUGUUCUCUCCUUCUUGGGUUCACCGUAGCUUGUUUUUUGGUCUAGUCUCUCGGGUUGUGAGAGAUUUCUAGUAGGCUUUGGCGAAAUUCUCGUCUUGGAUGGCAUGCCGAACCUUUUUCCUGUUUGCCAAUUUAGGAUGUGUAUAGAUCCGCACUUUAUUAUAUCUUAAGUUCAAUUGGAUGAGAAUUUGG